UCCCGUGGCGAGUCUUCAUCUCCGUACGUUCCUAUUUACCCUUUGGUUUUCUCAAAAGAAAAAAAUUACCCUUUGGCUGCGCAAAACCCUCGCCCAAAUCUGCAACAACAACCCACAUCAAUCUCGCGGAGUAGGUUGGCAAUGGCGUCCCCCGGCACUGGAAGAAGAGGGCCGUCAAGGUCCGCCAUCGUGGCCAACACGACGAGCGGGCACCACCUUCUCACCAUCCACGGCUACUCCCGCACCAAGGGCGCCAUUCCCACGGGAAAGCGCAUCAAGUCCCGCUCUUUCUUCAUCGGCGGCCACCGCUGGCGGAUCGAAUACUACCCCAACGGCUCGAAGCCGGCAGUCGCGGAUUUCGUGUCCCUCACCCUGUUGCUACGCGAAGACGUCGCGGCGGGGGUGAAGGACCAGUUCGACAUCUCGUCAUCGAUGGCGUCGAGAUCGGUGGACCACUUCCCCUCCCGGGGGGGGGGCUGGGCGUACAGUACCUUCAUCAAAAGGGAUGAGCUGGAGAGCUCCAAGCAUCUCAGGAACGAUUCGUUCACCGUCCGGUGCGACAUCGUAGUCUUCCACGGUUACUGUGCUGCGGAUGCGGCGGCCUUCAUCUCCGUGCCCCCUUGCGACCUGCGCCAGAACCUUGGCAGGCUGCUCGAGACCAAGAUGGGUGCCGAUGUGGUGUUUGAUGUAGGUAGUGAGACCAUUGCCGCGCACCGGUGCGUGCUCGCGGCCUGCUCACCCGUGUUCGCGGCUGAGCUCUUCGGACCCAUGAAGGAGGGUAAUGCCGCCGGCAGCAGCGUGCGCGUGGAAGACAUGGAUGCGGAGGUGUUCAAGGCGCUGCUUCGUUUCGCAUAUACUGGCUCGUUGCCAGAUAUGCGCAAGGAAGAGGAAGAUGUCACCUGCCAGCAUCUGCUCGUUGCGGCGGACAGGUACGGCAUGGAGCGGCUGAAGCUGAUCUGCGAGGAGAAGCUGUGCAAGUACAUCGAUGUUGGCAGGGCGGCAAGCAUCCUCAUGCUGGCCGAGCGGCACCACUGUGAGGGGCUGAAGAAGGCGUGCUUCAAUUUUCUCGCCUUGCCGGCAAAUCUAAGGGCCACCGUGGCCACCGACGGCUUACAACAUCUCAGCGAGAGCUGCCGGUCUCUUAUGGUCAAGCUCAUGGCCAUGUCAUUGGAUAAUGCCUCUGAGUGUUCUAGCAAUGUUAAAACAUCUUUCUAG